GUCGUAACAUUGAUAUUUGCAUAAAGCUCUCGACACCAUGCAUAACGUGCGACUCCUGCUCGGCCGUGCGCCGGGGAGGACUACGUUUCUGAGCACUCCAGAAGUUUGCGUUGGUUCCCUGCAUGGCUGCACAGAUGGCUGCACCUCUGCAGAGGUUGCAGUGCCAUGGAGCCAGCCGGUGCGCGUGGAGGAGGGCGCUGUCGCCGUCACGUCGCGGUGUCAGCACUCCGACACAGCGGCUGCACGCGCGACCUACUCGUGCUGCCGCCCCACCGGCAGCGUGUCGCCGGCAGCAGCCGGUAGCACCCUCCUCACCCGCCCCUUCAACUCCACAGCCUGCAGCAGCCUGCACUACGCCGCAACCGCCCUGGCCCCCUCAGCCGCCCGCCUGGGCUACCAUGGAUUCUGCCUCAGCCACCACCACCGGUCCGGCACACGACGCUUAGGCGCGGUGCCGGCAGGCAGUGAUUGCCACCGCGCCCUCUCCACGUCUGCAGCUGCCCCUUCCUCAUCCACCACCUCAACCUCCUCCUCUCCCUCCUCGACGUACUUGUACAGCCGCCCGGGGCCGGAGCCCGCUGCAGUGCUGCUGGAGCCGUUGCUGCAGGGGCGGCCCUUCGAGGUGGCGCAGAUUCCCGGCCGCGGCCGCGGUCUGGUGUCCUGCCGCCCCAUCGCCGCCGGCGAGGUGGUCCUGACGGAGGCGCCCAUGCUGGCCUACCCCGCGGACCAGCACCAGCACCAGGUGUGCUACCACUGCCUGGCCGCCAUGCCGCCCGGCGCCGACGUGCUGCGGCACCGCCCCACCGGCCGCCGCUUCUGCAGCGACGCCUGCCUCAGUGUCAGCCUGAGGGAGUACCUGGCGGUGGAGACCGCGGCGGCGGCGGCACGGGCGCGAGUGCCCACAGCAGCGGCUGACGUGGGUGCUGCGGGUGCAGCGUCUGCGGCUGCGUCAGGAGGAGCGGCUUCCUCGGCGCCCGCGGCCGGCACAGCGGCGGCGGCGGGCGCCUCCGGCAGUGCCUCCGGCGCUUCCCCGUCCAGCGCGCAAGCAGGCGCUGGUGGCGGCGCUGCCGGCAGCGCACAAGCAGCCGCACCCGCACCCACAGCAGCAGCGGCAGCUUCCGGUGGCUUCUCGCCCCUGGAUGUGCUGUACGAGCAGUGCCGUACGGCGGGUGAGCGCUUCCCGCUCAUUGCGGCCCGCCUGGCCUUCAUGGAGAUGACGGCGGCACUGGCGGCAGCAGCACAACGCUGCGCCGCCCGUGCCAGCAGCGGCAGCGGCAGUAGCAACGCCAGCAGUAGCACAAGCAGCCAGACAUCGCCUGCAUCGACAUCGCCCUCCUCAGCAUCUGUAUCCGCAUCCGCACCUUCUUCCUCCUCUUCCUCCUCUUCCUCCUCCUCGCCUUCACCUCCUCCUCCUCCCCGCGGCGACGCGCUGCGCUCCAUGCACGUGCUGUGCUACGCCAACGUGCCGCAGCCCUACCCCGAGGCAUGGGUGCAGCAGCACGCGCUGCUGGCGGCGGCGCUGGGCGCGGUGGCGCGCGCCUCGCCCGCCACCCUGCGCAACCUGGCGGCGGCGGCAGCGGGCGCCGCCAGCGCCGAGGCGGCGGGGCUGGCGGCGCCGGACGCGGCGGCGCGGCUGGCGGCAGCGGCCGCGGCGGCGGCGGAGCGGCUGACGCUCGACUGGUUCGUGGGCGUCAUGUCGCGUCUGCACCUCAACUCCUUCCAGGUGCACAACCCCCUGGCUGGCUCCGACCCCACCGACCUGGCCGCCGCCGCCUCGGCGCUGGUGUCUGACAGCGGCGGCGGCCGGGCGGCUGCGGGCAGCGGCACCUACCUGCUGGCGUCGCUGCUGAACCACAGCUGCGAGCCCUGCCUGGAGCUGGCGUUCCCUGGCAUGGACGGCACGGCCGCCUUCGUGGCGGCUCGUGACAUCGCACCGGGCGAGGAGCUGUGUGUGUCGUACAUGGACGUGGCCCUGCCGUACGAGUCACGGCAGCGCCACCUGGAGUGGAGCUACGGCUUCGUGUGCAGGUGCCCGCGCUGCCGGGAGGAGGGCGCGGCGGAGGCGGUGGACGCGGCGGAGGAGGAGGCGCGCAGGCAUGGCGGCAGCGGGAGUGGCGGGAGUGCUGGGGGAGGUGGCGGUGCCACCAGCUGAGCGAGGGGGGUGGCCUCGUGGGAGUGGGAAGGAGCGUGAGCGUGCGUGGUUGGCGUGGGGGCGGGCGUGGCAAUGGACCUUCCACAAACCCUGCGGAAAGUCUUAAGCAGUAUUGGUCACAGUCAUCGAAUCCUUUCUUCGUCGUUCCUGCUACAGCGGGCCGAUGUGGGAGUGUGGACAGAGGGACCGCGUGUGCACAGUGCGUGCUCCGUGGCUUCGGGUGGGGACCACUUGCCGGCUUUUGUGGCUGGGAAGUCGGAAAGACGUGGCAGUUCUGUUUGGCAGGUCUGGUCAGACCAGUUCAACGCGAG